AUGGCAGCCGCAGGUGUAUCGGCUGGUGUUCCUCCGAAUUCCACUGUCUACGUCAAGAAUUUAGAGGAGAGAAUCAAGGUUGAGCAGCUCAAGGUCGCGCUGGAAGAGAUCUUCUCCGAGUUCGGCAAUGUGCUCGAGAUCGUCGCAAAGACCAACUUGAAGGCUAAGGGCCAGGCGUUCAUCGUCUUUGACAGCGUUGAGGCCGCAACCCGCGCUAUUGACGAGGUGAAUGGCUUCGAGCUCUUUGACAAGCCUAUGGUUCUGGACUAUGCGAAGACCAGGAGUGAUGCUACUGUUCUCCGCGAAGGUGGCUCGGAGGAGCUGGAGGCUCACAAGCGGAAGCGGUUAGCUGAGAAAGAGCGACAACAAGCCCACGACGCCCUCGAAGCCCAGAAGAAACUCAAGCGCCCCGCCGCUGCUCCCGACACCGCACGCCCAGCAAAGACCACCAAGGGUGCCGGCCUCAAGCCCACUUCCGGUGCUACAACUGCUGUCGUUCCGGACGAGUAUCUACCGCCCAACAAGAUUUUGUUCUUGCGGGAGCUGCCCGAGGACGCCAGCCAGGAGGGUCUCACUGCGGUCUUCGGGCGUUUCGACGGGUUCCAAGAAGUCAGAUUGGUGCCUGGCCGAAAGGGCAUUGCAUUCGUCGAGUACGAGAACGAGUCAGGCGCUAUCAGUGCGAAGGAAGCUACAGCAGGAAUGCCCAUGGGAGAGCAGGGCAAGCCGAUUCGUGUUACGUUCCAGCGUCAAUAA